AUGAUGUCCGUCGCACCGGUCCUCUUCAUUCUCGUGGCACUUUUGUAUUAUAAGAUCGCCUCAGUCGUCGUCCGGAGACAACGGAAUGAAGGCAAAGCGGCGCUGCUUGGAUGUGCACCCCCUCCUAGCGCCCCUCGAAAGGGCUUUCUUGGAAUUGGCACCCUCAUGGAGAGCAUCCGAGCAACUCAGGAGGAAAGAGGGCCGAUCUGGAUGCAUGAAAGUCUCAACUCGAUUGGCAAAACAGUUCACACGGUCAGAGCGGCAAUCUUCGACUACGAAUUAAUCAUCACAAGGGAUACGCAAAACGUCAAGGCCAUGUUUAACACGCAGUCGCAGGACUUUGACAUUGGGCUGCAUCGUGAAAAAUGCUUCAAAUCUCUGUUGGGUCCCGGAGUGAUGACCAAUCGACAAGAGAAAUGGAGGCAUUCGAGGCGCCUUGUUCAAUCGCAAUUCGCCAGGGAUAAUCUCGCGGACCUCGACCUCUUCCAGAGACACCUGAACGCUCUCUUGCGACGGAUACCAGUAUCCGAGGAUUGCUGGACCGCCAAGGUUGACUUGUCUCCCUUAUUCUUCAACUUUACCUUGGACACGUCGACAGAAUUCUUGUUUGGCCAAUCAGUGCAUACAUUGAGCCCUGAAGAGCGCCCGGGUACGCUAUCAUGGGAUCACGACGCCCCUGACCUUACAAGAUUCGGAUACCAUCUGGACGAGGCCAAACGCAUCAUCGAUCGGAGAGGAGCUCUAGCCAAAUACGGCUGGCUUCUCUGGGACCAUGCUUUCCCAGAUCACUGCAAAGCUGUGCAAGGCUGCGUUGAUUAUUUUAUCAAAAAGAGACUUGAUCACAGCUGGGAUGAGCACAAAGGGGAUGAAAAAUCCAAGGGACGGGCGAAAUUCAUCCUCCUUGAUGAACUUGUCAGCAAGACAAAAAACCCUUACGAGUUGAGAUGCGAGCUGCUGAACGUCCUCCACGCCGCCAGAGAUACGACGGCAUCACUGUUGGGCUGGUCAUUCUACUUCCUGGCGCGAUAUCCCGACGUAUUUGCGAGACUCCGUAAAGAAGUGCUGGAUACCUUGUCGGCCGAACCGAGCGUCCAGAUCACCUUUUCUCAGCUUUGGUCCUGCAGGUACAUGCAGUGUUUUCUGAAUGAGAUUAUUCGCACGGUUGGCAUCGUCCCAAUGAACGAGCGCGUGGCCGUCCGAGACACCACGCUCCCCUGCGGUGGUGGGCCUGAUGGACGAAGCCCCGUGUUCGUGCCGAAAGGAACUCAGGUGCUUAUUCCGACGUACUCAAUGCAGCACCGUGAAGACAUUUGGGGGGUUGCCGUCGACGAGUUCAAGCCGGAAAGAUGGCAGGAUCGCAAAUUCGGCUGGGACUUCAUUCCUUUCGGUGGAGGGGCCCGCCAAUGCCUCGGACAGCAAUUUGCCCGGACCGAAGCGAUGUUCACCAUUUCGAGAAUGCUACAGAUAUUUGACAAGAUCGAAAAUAUGGAAGCGCCAGGCCCGAUCAAAAUGCAUCAGACGAUUGAAAACAGGAGUGGAACAGGGACACAGGUUCGUCUACACUUGGCUUCUUCCUCCUUCAAGAGUCUUUGCCAAGGGGGGAAAACCGGGACUGAGCUUAGCUUGGGUGAGCCAUAUGACCUUGGGUUGGGUGCUGAAAGAGGAGAGACAAUGUUGUGA